AAUUAUAAUUGUGUUUUUAGUGAUCAAAAUAUACAACGGCAAAUUGUGUCAGUAUCGGCAAAACGUAAAGCUGUUGAAGAUAGUAAUGAGAAACCUAGUAAAAUAGUGUGUACUGUUAUUAAAAGCAUUCCUCGAUCUGAAGCGUUGCAAGUAAGUGACUUGCAUAAUAUCAAGCGAAAUCUUUACAAUGCAAAGCGAAAGAAAUUUCCUCCUUUGCCAAAAUCUGGGGAAGAAGUUCAAAAUAUGCUGGAUGAUAUACAGGUGGUAACAAAUCGAGACGAAAAUUUUAUUCUUAGUAAUGACAAAGUAAAUGGUAUUAUAAUUUUUGGGU